CAAUACCUAAUUGGAGAAUUAAAGGACCCCGACCAGCUGCAUCCCAUGGUAGUUGCAGAACGGGUUCCAGUAGAGCGAAUCGCGGCACGACCAGUUGAAAGGUAUUCGAGCUUUGGGGUCAACUUUGCGCCGCAUGUGUUUCGCAGAAGGUAUCGUGAUCGAUCAUUUGCAAUUGACAUCAAACUUGUCUCCCCAGGAGGAGAUUGGACUGGAUCUAAUCUACACUGAAUGCUGAAAAUACUCUCCCCCUUGAAGCAAUUGACAUUUCCGGCUCAACAGUAUCAAAGAAUUGCCAAGAUGCCUGUUCACUACUUGAUGUGUGGAACAUGGACUCCUCCCGGGGCUAUAUUCACUGUCGCAUUCGAUGAUGAGAAGUUGACAUGUGAACUGGUAAAACGCAUAGAGAUUCCCCAGGAUGAGCCUAUCUCAUGGAUGACGUUCAGUCAUGACAAGAAGAACAUCUAUGGCGCUGCCAUGAAGAAAUGGUCCAGCUUCGCGGUCAAGAGCCCAACAGAGAUUGUUCACGAAGCUUCACAUCCCAUGCUCCACGACCCCAAAGCGUCAUCGGCCGACACCAAUACUCGCGCUAUCUUCCUGCUCGCCGCGCAGCAGGAACCCUACGCCGUGUACUGCAACCCCUUCUACAACCAUGCGGGUCACGGCUCCGUCUUCUCAGUAUCCUCGACAGGCAAGCUCGAGGAUAACGUUCAGAACUUCGAAUACCAGCCCAACACGGGCAUCCACGGCAUGGUCUUUGACCCUAGCGAGACAUACCUCUACUCGGCAGACCUGAAGGCCAACAAGCUCUGGGUACACAAGAAGGAGUCCUCCUCGGGGCAGGUCGAGCUAGUGGGCUCGGUCGACGCGCCCGACCCGCGCGACCACCCGCGCUGGGUCGCCAUGCACCCGUCCGGCAACUACCUAUACGCGCUGAUGGAGGCCGGCAACCGGCUGUGCGAGUACGUCAUCGACCCGGCAACGCACAUGCCCGUCUACACCCACCACUCGUUCCCCCUGAUCCCGCCCGGGAUCCCAGGCCAGUGGAAGACCGAGGCCGGGCCCGGCAUGUACCGAUCGGACGUGUGCUCCCUGACAAAGUCCGGGAAGUACCUGUUCGCGACGGCGCGGGCCAACAGCUUUGACCUGCAGGGCUACAUCGCCGCGUUCCGCCUGCGCGACUGCGGAUCGAUUGAGAAGCAGCUCUUCUUGAACCCGACGCCGACGAGCGGUGGUCAUAGCAAUGCCGUCUCGCCGUGCGAUUGGAGCGACGAGUGGGUCGCGAUCACUGACGACCAGGAAGGCUGGCUGGAGAUUUACAGGUGGAAAGACGAGUUCUUAGGUCGCGUGGCACGGGUUAGAAUACCGGAGCCCGGGUUUGGCAUGAAUGCCAUCUGGUACAAUUAGAUUUGUUUAAAAUAUCGAACGAUUUGAGUAUAUCAUCUUAAAUCUUCGUCUUCGUCCUUUCAUACCCAGUGUAUUAUUUCACGCAGUUCAAUUUCUCGUAUUAUUUUCAGGUUUCGAGCAUGAGCUGCAUGACGGGAUGUCCU